GACUGCUCCAGCUCUGAAGAGUACACGGUCGCCUCCGCCCUGCUGCCCCUGACGACGGCCUUUUACCGGGUGAGUGACUGACUGACUGGGAGAUUCCACUCCACAGAGGUCUUCUCCUCUCACACAGAGAGAGCGGAUAGAGAGUCAGGCAGCAGGUCCUUUUGAUUAUAUUGCUCAAUCAAGGGCAGGACGGCCUGGCAUUCACCACAAGCUGGCCGUCUUAAUGGAUUGUAUUUUUAACAGGGGGUUGGCAAUAAUAGAAAAAGGAUGGGGUGUGAUAUUCCAGCUGUCCUGGCACUGGUCCUGUUCUGAUGGUUGCCACUGGUGCAUGCAGCAUGCUCUAACCUCAUGUCAGGAGAUGUGUUCCAGGCAGGACAAGAGACUUCCCAGGCCUCCGACCAUACAGCUCUGACCACCAGCCUCAGUUGGGACAUGGGAGGGGGACAGGGGAGUGUCCCGUUUGUUCUCAGACUAGCCACAUUAGGGUAAAGGGGGUGAGAACUGUACCUCACACCAAAGCCCAGUGGGCUGCUGUGGUUUGUGGUUGCCAAUCCGCUGUGAUCAAACUCGGUUGCUGCAGCGCGCACCACAAAUAUGUCCCCACAGCUCUGCUGUUUCCACGGCGACAGACAACUGUGGGUUGUUGCCCUGCAUUGGGUACAGACCCUAAGAGACUGAAUUUGGACCUCGCCCACUCUCUGCCAUUGUAUGACUCGCCCUGUUCUCACAGGACAGGCUGAUGUAACGCUCCGAGAUAAGCCUGCUCUCUCUGUUUCCCAGCCAGGUUAACCAUUCUAUCAGACCACAGUGGCAUUGGAAAUGUAGUCAGAUAGUAAAUUAUCUAAAUAAAACCAAGGGAAUUGUCUCUGUUUGUUGAUACAGGUGUGCUGUGUGACCUGCUAUGUAAUGGUGGUGAGAGCAGAGCAUAUUUUUUUUUAACAUACUCUUCUGUCUCUGUACACAAACAGAGUAAAGUGGUCACAGACCCCACUACAGCACAUUGUUGAUAGUUUGGUUUGUUGCUAUAACGGAGUAACAGUGUCUCUCUGUGACCGUCAAGUUGUCAACACAACCCUGUGACCCUAGGCUCCAGCUUUCUACCUCUUCAUUAAGACAUCUGAAAGCCAUUGCCCAAACUCAUUGGAUUUCCUGUAGUUUUUUUUUCUGUCUUCCCAUUUUACGUAACCAUACAAUCUGAUUAAAGGAUUACAUUAAAGGACCUUAAUUACCAGGUUUUCAGAAAGAAACACGAAUCCUGAGAGGCAUCUCUUCGAUUCUCGACGGAGCAGUGUCUGGCACAGGGGAGGAAUGAGAAGGAAUGAUAUCGUGAGAUCCUGAACGCAACAGAUUUUUCCCAGCUUUCCAAAGAAAUGGCAUUAACUGUAGAGUCCAGCGUGUGGUCAGGCAAAUUGUGAAAAGCAAGAGCGCAGGAAUCCGCCACGGUCCUAUUGUGGAAUCUCUUGUUUGAUGAAAAACGCUAUGAAAAAGCUGGAAAAACAACGUAUCCCAAAAAAACUGAGCACCUUAAGAUGGUUCACAACGUUCCACAGAGGUUCUCGGGAUAAUCGCAGAAUCGCACGAUAGUCAAUUACAUACUUCUGCAAAAUGUCUGUUGGCCUGCUUUACUCUACCCCCCAUCCUGCCACAUUUCCCCAUAGUCUUUGACUUUACCACACUGACUGUUAUGAGGCUGUUCAAAGCAUGCCUGGCAGCAGAUGAAGGAGCCAGUGGUUUGGUGAGUGUUUGGUUUAUCCCACGCUAUAGUAGAGGACCAUGACAGUCUACUGUAGGACACUGCUGAGAGAACCAUUGGUAGAAUCAUUGGUUGGGAGGAAGGGGACCAGAAGGAGUGUCUUCUCUCUGUAUCCAGGUGACAAUCGUGACAAAAAGGUGACAAAAUAGCAGAUGAAAUGUGCAAUAAUUUUUCAGUUGUGCAUGUGUUUUGUUACGAAGCCAAAAAUAGACAAUUUCAUCCAGAACCGUUUGUUGCUUUGCCAUGGAAUGAUUUUGACACGGGUCUUAUGGUCAAGAUUAUUUGCAUACCUUUUCAUGGAAGAUUAACUCUGAUUUAGGAAAACAACACGUCUCGGGUACAUGUUGCACAUCUGUGUCCAAGUACUCCUAACCUCCUAGCUUCAGUACUAAACUGCUAAGCCCUCCAAACACAGCCUUACUACAACAGCACACUGGCCUCAAGUCAAGACAACCUGCUGUCGGUGGAUCCCAUUUAGAUUUCCUAGAAGGUGAAGCUGAUCUGUUAGGUGUUUACCUGUGGGUCACGCCAGCGGAGGAGAACCUGUAAUAAAAUGGUAGUUCAAACUGGGCCAGAGGUAUCCCCAGAAAGGCAUUUGGGCAGUAGGAUGAAAGACUUCCACACACACACAACCUGUCUGUAAUCUCCAUAGAAAGACUUUGUUAAUCAGUGCUCAAGUGGCUUUGAGUGAUUAGGUUACUCUUUUACACAUUUUGCAUAACCAUAGUAACCCUGGCUUGCCUCGAGAAUUUGCUGCAUAGUUUCAUUAUGAACAUGUUCUUAUUUUUGAGUUUCUCAUGUAGAUUACUUUACAAGAUCAGGCCUAUUGCUUUCCUUGAAAAGUAUAAUGCCAUCCGUGUAAAUAGUGAACUGUACAUAAUAUUCAGUCUUGCAGUGGCAAGGACAAUACAUGCCGUACGGUAGCACGUGCCAUUGACAACAUCCGCCUUGCUGGUUACUGUACGUUUUUUUUUACUCCAGCCAGUCCUCAUGCUCAGCCCACAGGAGUAUAUAUCACCUAAUCGGGAAGUUUUACAUCCCCUCCACCCUCAACUCCUCUCAACGAGGUCAGUUGGCUUAAGGCCCUUUCCUAUUAAAACCACUGCGUCACCUGCACCUGUCAUCCAUCACUCCUCAUUGACAUCUUCCCCAGAGCCUCUCAGCCCCUCAACGUCUGCUGCCCGCAGUAACGACAAUGAGAAGAGUGGAUCAGGUCUGGAAGAAAUUAGGUCAGGGCUUCACAUUCUGGGUUUUAUCACCACAAUAUGUAAUGUGUUCAAUCACCACAAUGCCCUCAUCUGAAGGCUGCCCACAGAAACACACUCUAAACUAAAAUGACCCUUUUAUAGUAAAUCACCUGUCUUAAGGCGGAGUGAAAAUUCAUGAAAGCCCAAGUCAGGGAUUUCUUAUGAGGUUUUUCUCAACUUAAUCUGAUGAAUGUAUGGGGCUCCCGAGUGUCGCAGCGAUCUAAGGCACUGCAUCUCAGUGCUUGAAGCGUCACUACAGACCCCCUGGUUCGAUUCCAGGCUGUAUCACAAUUCUAGGCCGUGAUUGGGAGUCCCAUAGGGCAGCGCACAAUUGUCUGGGUUUGGCCGGUGUAGGCCGUCAUUGUAAAUAAGAAUUUAUUCUUAACUGACUUGCCUAGUUAAAUAAAGGUAAAGGUAAAGUAUUUUUUAAAAUAAAAUAUAAAUAAUAAAAAUAGAUUGCCCGUUGCCCGAAUGUAGAUUGGUCAAGUGUCACGUUUGUGGUCAAGUGUCACGUUUGUGGUCAAGUGUCACAGUGGUCUCCUUUCUCUUAGCUUUAGUCUGGCUAGUCUGGACCCUCCCCAGUGGACUGUCUUCAGCCCACAGUGCUGCUGCCCAACCUCUCCUCACUACAGAAUGUGGGAAGCUUCCCAGCAAUGUGCCCGCUCACACUGAGUGUUUGUGCGAGAGACAUUGUCUGUGUUUGGUUUGUGUUUUGGGCAAAUGUUCAUACUGAAGAGCCGCCUUUCAUUGACCUAUAUUCUAUAUUCUGCCCCUUCCUUCACGCUGUCUGUCUGGUGUCUGGCAGGCUGCACAGUGAGGUCUGCUAAACUAAACCAAUCUUGGAACAACAUAUGUUACUUACUUUAGAGGGCUUUGUGUCUGGUGUAGUCAUCAUAAUACAGUCAACAGGUUGAACUGUGUUUGACAGGAGCUUUUGGGUUAAACUUGGUUGGCGUGCUCUCUCUUGGGCUCAGUAAGUAGUUUACUUAAACUGCAUGCAACCUUUGUACAGGCCAUAUCUCAGUUAGCAGUGACAGGUUGUUGUAUUGUUCUGUAUAAAUGUUUCUGUAUUUCUCAGAAAUAUACUACUUCUGAUGAUAAACCCCAUCUUACUACAAGCGUCAGCACUGUUUGGGUUGGUGUUAUUGUACCCUUUAAUAAACUCACAUUUUUAUUCAUGUUUUUGUUGUUGCAAUUGAAUGUAGACCAAGAGUAGAGAUCUGCCUACCUCUUGGCUCUAUGAGUAAAUUAAUUCAUUGGAUGCGCCGCGGCAGCUGUCAAAACCAAAACAUGAUUCUGGACUCAACACAGAAAACCGCUGGACUGUUUGCAUUCUUUCUGCCACCGUUUAUGCGUGGAGGGUUUGGAAGGUUUUCCCUGUCAAGCUGUUUUACGUUUGGUCCUGGGGAGGACAGAUGACUUACGGCGUGACCUUUGUGUCCCUGUGAGACGUCUAGAGCUGGACUCGUCUUUGUUUACGUUGUAGAACAUUUAUGUUCACAGUACAUCCCGCAUGUAUACGUAUGGCGUGAUGGACUUGUUUGUUCCACGCUUUUCAACAUGUUGUCUCCUCUGUUUGUUUGACUCAGUCAUUUGUGUAAAUACAUUGUUUGGAUGGAGACGUCUUCAGUGCUACAGGACGCAAAUAACUCCAAUGACACAAUAGUGAUUCAUGGGGAAUAAAUCUAGAAAGAUUGAUUGGUCCUGUCGGGAUAUUUUCUUCCCCCAGAGUCUCUGUCACAAAGGACUAUUUUUAUACCCAUGGACACCAAGUGAUUUGCUCCAAAACAACCAUAAACUAUUUUGUUGCCCAAUUCUGGUCACGGAUCAAACACGUCUCUUUUCCUCCAGUGUCCAGAUACAUACAGGUCAACCAGCAGAGCUAUGAGACAUCGUACCUCCCUUUAGAGCUGAUGAACACACCCUGAGCUGUCUCUCUGUAUAUGUCUCUGUCUCUCUCACUAUCUAUCUAGCUCUAUGGGAAAUACUAUAUUAUUGAAGAGUUACCACCUUUUCCUUCAAAAGUCGUGUCAUAAACCCUAACAUCAUCCUUCUGGGAUCCCCUAGCCAGACCUUGAGCUCUUUUUCUGUCUCUCUCUCUCUCUCUCUCCCCCCCCCUCUCUCUCUCUCUCUCUCUCUCUCUCCCUGUCUCUCUCCCUGUCUGUCUGUCUCUCUCUGUCUGUCUCUCAAUUCAAUUUCAAUUUCAUUUUAAGGGCUUUAUUGGCAUGGGAAAUGUAUGUUAACAUUGCCAAAGCAAGUGAAGUAGAUAGUAAACAAAAGUGAAAUAAACAAUAAAUAUUAACAGUAAACAUUACACUCAGAAGUUUCAAAAGAAUAAAGACAUUUCAAAUGUCAUAUUAUGUAUAUAUACAGUGUUGUAACAAUGUGCAAAUAGUUAAAGUACAAAUGGGAAAAUAAAUAAACAUAAAUAUGGGUUGUAUUUACAAUGGUGUUUGUUCUUCACUGGUUGCCCUUUUCUUGUGGCAACAGGUCACAAAUCUUGCAGCUGUGAUGGCACACUGUGGUUUUUCACCCAGUAGAUAAGGGUGUUUAUCAAAAUUGGGUUUGUUUUCGAAUUCUUUGUGGAUCGCUGUAAUCUGAGGGAAAUAUGUGUCUCUAAUAUGGUCAUACAUUUGGCAGGAGGUUAGGAAGUGCAGCUCAGUUUCCACCUCAUUUUGUGGGCAGUACAUAAUACCUACGGCGGCCUUUCUCAAUAGCAAGGCUAUGCUCACUGAGUCUGUACAUAGUCAAAGCUUUCCUUAAGUUUGGGUCAGUCACAGUGGUCAGGUAUUCUGCCUCUGUGUACUCUCUGUUUAGGGCCAAAUAGCAUUCUAGUUUGCUCUGUUUUUUUGUUUGUUCUUUCCAAUGUGUCAAGUAAUUCUCUUUGUUUUCUCAUGAUUUGGUUGGGUCUAAUUGUGUUGUUGUUGUUGUUGUUGUCCUGGGGCUCUGUGGGGUCUGUUUGUGAACAGAGCCUCUCUCUCUGUCUGUCUCUCUCUCGCUCUCUCUCUCUCUGUUUGUCUCUCUCUGUCUCUGUCGGUCUGUCUGUCUGUCUGUCUGUCUGUCUGUCUGUCUGUCUGUCUGUCUCUGCCUUGUAUUGCUUGUUUUCCUCUUUUCCAGCCCUGCAUUCCUCUUCUGCAUUUGGCAAGUGGACCGUUCAUAUGUGUCUCUGAGGGUCAUCUACCUCCAUCUGUCUUCUCUUGUCCCUGUGCUCUGUGUAGUAGGUUCUGACUGCAGCCUAGGCCCUGGCUCCCCUCUGCUAUCAGAGUAGGGAGAGCCAACUGACCGCGGUCAACCUGACCUCCAGACAACUGAGCAGGCUGUGUUUAACACAGGAAGACACACACAUCUCCACUCACACCAUAUGACAUGAGAACAUGAUGACUAAUAUUGUAAAUAUUGUUUUCUGGUGCAGGUCCCAGAAGAACAACUGCAUUAACAUGUCUACUGUUCUUGUUUUUCUUAUUGGUUACUGUUCCAUGAAUGGACACGGUUAAUUCAUUUCCAUCCUUUAACACUGACCUCUGUGCAUUUAGUCUAGACUCGUUAAUCCACUCAGGUAAUCUGUAAAUCUAUUAGCGCCACAGUUCUUCCUGAAAGCACUUGUGGCCGUGUCAGAUUUGUCUCUGAUCGACAGAGGGUUGUUAGCCCAGCUCCCUGUAAAUGACUGAGUGCUAGCGGAGGACACGGUGUUCCUGGGAAGAUGUAAUGUGUAUAAAACAUUCCUGGGGGAAUGAAACUAUCCAUACGAGCUUUGACAUUGGCGUCAUCCUCCUUACUUCCUUAACGAUAUAAAGCUGCACGCUGACGGACUGCGUACAUUUGGAGGUGAAUUAUGUCUUUGUGACAGCAGUUUAGAUAGGAGGCUUAGUAGUGGAUUUAUAAUUUACAUCAGAGGGAUACGACGCAAGGUGCAGGGCUGUCCUGAGCAGGGAGGGAGGGAGGGAGCAGAGCAGACGGUCUACUGCUGCACUCCAACGGCCUUCAAACCUCUCUGGAGAGGAGAGAUGAUGAGAUACACAGACCAACUUACACUAGAAUCAUUUCCAGCUCCAGUCUCACCUUUGAACUUCCUCACACUGCUCUCUCACUCCCCCAGGGCUCUGUGCUCGGACCCCUGCCCUCGGGUAAGCCUCAGCAGGGUGCCGGGACUGUAGCUAUUUUAGUUAUUAUUAGUUCUGCAGCCUCUGGUAACUACAGUAGCCCCACUGCCGCUGGUCAUUCAGGGAGAACCAAAGCAAUAAUGAACAGCGCUGUGUUGUAUUGUGUCAUGGGAGAAAUCAGAAGCUAAUCUAAUAAGAGGCUUGAGCAUCACUAAAGAAAGACGCAUGGCCUUCAGACUCGGUCAGGGGGAAGAGAUGAACAUAGAGGUAGGGGGGUUGUAAGGAUGUUAAUUUACAAACAGUGUUGGCACUCUGUGUUCUUGGGUCCAGGACUAGUAGGUGCUAUAGCUGUUGCCCAACAUUCAUGUGUUUAUAUCGGGGCAUAGGAACAGUCUUCAUGGCUUUAGCAGAGCUGCAUGUUCUCUCUAGGUGCUGUGUGCAAACAGGUGCUUCAGUUCACUAUUCAUACUGUGGAAAAACUACAGGGCCCUGUUUUUAGUACUCAUCCAGCGAGAGAGCGGGAGUCUAACGUUCUUGGUAUGGUGUUGUAAGUGUUGAAAAACUUACGGCCAAUGAGAAAUGAUUGAUUGUGCUUGAAACCUUUGGCAGCUUUGGAUUAUUUUCCUAUUUUCACCCAGGUUUUAAUGGUCUUCUUUACAAGCUAUGCUCACCACAGCCCAGUUAGUUUCACGAGUUGUGAGACGGUGAGCCCAAACUACUCUCUUGUAUGUUAAGUCAAAAGCGGACACUCAGCACAUCUGAACAUUUGCCUGGUCAGAGCCUCAGUGUAAGCUGUUGAAAACAUCUACUCCACAGCCUCUUGCAGUCAAAAUAUUCCCUUGUGUUUGCAGAAACUGCCGGCUGGGGUGAGCCAGUUUGCCUACACCUGUGUCCAGGACCAUCCCAUCUGGACCAAUCAGCAGUUCUGGGAGGCCACGUUCUACAGCGAGGUCCAGAACCAGAUCCGAGCCCUGUACCUCACCGCCCCUGAAGACAAACUAGGCAUCACUGCCAGGCUAAAGGUAAGGGAAUGAGAGGUUUCAGAGCCAUAUAAUGGCCAGUUUUUCUAUUCAUUUUUUUAGCCCCAUUUGCAGAAUGACACUGAACCAUAUCUUUCUCCCCCCCCCCAGGAGCAGUGUCCCCUUCCCCCGGCGGCCCCCAGCGCCUCGGAGCGCACGGCAAUGGACCUGGCGGCGGAGCAGCUGCGCGCCUGGCCCUGCCUCAGCAAGGAGAAGCAGCAGGAGCUGGUGAAGAAUGAGGAGAGCACGGUGUUCAGCCAGGCCAUACACUACGCCAGCCUCCUGGUCUACCUGCUGGUCCCGCUGGACACCAGCAAGAACAAGCUGCUCCGAGCCAACCCUGUCGCUGACUGGGAGAGCGGCAGCAACAGCAUCGUCACCAACAGGCAAGCAGAGCAGCUGGUUGCACAUCACUGCACCCCACUGAUAUGCAGUCAGUUCUAUCUGACUCCUAUCUAUUCCCCACAGAUAUAUCAACAGUUAUUUUGGCACAGCACACAGAAGUGCAUGGCCCCCUAGAGUGAAAUGCACUUGAUCAGAAAGAGAAAAAGAGCUCAAAUGUGAGGUUGUUAUCUUGGACGAUAGCUCUCUUGCUUGGGGAGUUUUUUGUAUGUUGUAAUAAGGUGAUGAUAAGUGUGUGGGUGAACAUGGUGUUACUCUCCGUCUACAUGAUCCACUCUCCUCUCCUCUAAAGCGGAUCAGUGUCCAGCACCUCCUCGGCCAUAUCCUGCCCACUCCCACAUCCAUCCUAUCACCUGCUGGAGUUACAGCCUCAGGUCUGCUAGGGUGGGUAACACACUCAGCCUGUCUGUAGGGGGGAGCGACCUCCACUCAACCAAAAGAACCAAAGAUUGGGAUUUCCAGUGCUCUGCACUAACAAUAAUGUAAUGUGUACCAAUUUUAUAAAGUUCGCACACGUAGGGGGGCUGGCUUUUCUCAGAAAUGGAGAAGGGUCUGCCAAGGCCAUAUCCUGAGUUUCUCACUUUCGCUUUCUGUAUGCGCUGCUGCUACACAGUAGCCCCCUAGCUAGUCCCCUCUGAAGCCUAUUACAGGAGAUGUUAGGCCCUUUGAGUUGAUUACAUGAAGAAUGUUCCAGACUACACCAUAAUGAAUCCUUUAGUUCUUGUUUUGCCGCUAGUUUCAUGAGUAGGGGGGGAAGGCGAUGUCCUUAAUGUGUUUAAGUGGUUGUUAUUUUCUCUCUUUUGGUUCUUGCCCCAGACUUGUUUUGUUUCUCACAGAGAGACUUCUGGAUCUCAUCUGUGUGUUUGUAAACCCUGCGGAACAUUACAUCACCGUCUCAUGUGAAACGUGUAGCGUGGCCAAGAGACCGCGUGAGCCGAGUGAGAGGUCAUGGCAUCACAGCUGACCUCUCGCCAGACUGCUGGUGUGCCAUGCUCACAGACCUCAGACACACUAUAUCGUCAUGUGCAUCUCUGGGAAAACUUCAAGCAUCCCUCUCUGCAGUCUGUGUUCUAUUCUCAUGCCAUUAAUGCAGACUAAAAUCUGACUAAAUGUGUGUUUGCAGUAUUGCAGGCAGUGUGGCGGAGAGCUUUGACACAGAGAGUGGCUUUGAGGACUCUGAGAACAGCGACGUGGCCAACUCUGUGGUACGGUUCAUCGCCCGCUUCAUUGACAAGGUGUGCACAGAGAGUGGCGUCAGCCAAGACCACAUCAAGAGUUUGCAUAGCAUGAUCCCAGGUACCGUACGACUCCCAGUCAACCUCAAUACUACCCAAUACAAUGUCAAUUAAACCCCAAUACAACCUCUAUCCCGGAGCUCUGUAGCUAGCAAGCACUGUGACCUCUGACUUCAGUUGCAAACUCCCACUGUCCUCAUUCUGUCAGCUUUAUCAGUUAACCCUUUUAUUUUAUUUAUUGUAAAUAAGAAUAUUAUGUUUUUAAACACUUCUACAUUAAUGUAGGGGGGGGGGUGAUAUUUGUGCAUCUAACUUUCUCACUCAUCAUUAUUCACUAUUCAUUCAGGAUGAUCCAUAAUCAUGGUAGCAUCCACAUUACUGUAGAAGUGUUUACAACCAUUAUAUUCUUAUUUAUAAUAAAAGUGACUCCAAAAUGACACACUACAUUAUUUACCAUUUAUAUUGGGCACAAGAUCAUCUGAAACGCAACCAAGACAAACAGCAAAUGCUUCCAACAAAUUUGUAGAGUUACAAACUUGAUUAAACAGUUCAACCGAUAUGGGUGAAAAUACCCUCAAAUGAAAGCUGACAGUCUGCACUUUAACCUCAUAGUCAUUGUAUCAUCCCAAUACUUUUGUAGCUCACUGUAGGUGGUGGCCUUCAAAUCUGUAAAUAUAGGCUUCUUUGGGUUGUAAGUAGGUGUGUACAUGCAUGUGUUUAUGUUUACCUGGGUUGGUUAACUUAUGUGUAUGUGUUUUUGUGUGUGGAUGACAUCGUGCUAACUGGUUAUGACAUCUGACCCCAGGCAUCGUGGCCAUGCAGAUGGAAACUCUGGAGGCAGUCCACAGGGAGAGCAGGAGGCUGCCGCCCAUCCAGAAGGUAGGUGCUGCGCUGCACUGGGCCACCCAUUCAGAAGGUAGAUGCUUCCCUGCACUGGGCCACCCAUUCAGAAGGUAGGUGCUGCGCUGCACUGGGCCACCCAUUCAGAAGGUAGAUGCUUCCCUGCACUGGGCCACCCAUUCAGAAGGUAGGUGCUGCGCUGCACUGGGCCACCCAUUCAGAAGGUAGGUGCUGCGCUGCACUGGGCCACCCAUUCAGAAGGUAGGUGCUGCGCUGCACUGGGCCACCCAUUCAGAAGGUAGGUGAUGCCCUGCACUGGGCCACCCAUUCAGAUGGUAGAUGCUGCCCUGCACUGGGCCACAGUUCUCUAAAUGUCUGUCUGAAUAUAAAUUGAGUUUAUCAAUCAUGAAUAUUAGUACCAUUUGAAACUCUGUAAUUUGUCAUCAAAAUGUUAUCAAAAUCAUUCUCAUUAAUGGAGUAAUUUUGUUGUGCCUUUGAAGUAAACCUGUGUCCUUUGAUAAUGAAGUGGUGUUAGAACCCCUAUUCUACUGGAAGUGGUGUUAGAACCCCUAUUCUACUGGAAGUGGUGUUAGAACCCCUAUUCUACUGGAAGUGGUGUUAGAACCCCUAUUCUAUUGGAAGUGGUGUUAGAACCCCUAUUCUACUGGAAGUGGUGUUAGAACCCCUAUUCUACUGGAAGUGGUGUUAGAACCCCUAUUCUACUAGAAGUGGUGUUAGAACCCCUAUUCUACUGGAAGUGGUGUUAGAACCCCUAUUCUACUAGAAGUGGUGUUAGAACCCCUAUUCUACUGGAAGUGGUGUUCUGUAGCUGAAGUGCCUAUCAUCCAGUAAUGUUGCAGUCAUCAGAUUGUCAUCACUCAUCAACCAUCAGACUGGGGUUUUUUACGGUGAAGCCAGUUUACAGUACUCCUGGAUGAUAUUGUGCGCCUUAUCACACUGCCAGCUCUUGAUAAGGGCUCUCCCCCUAGUCGGCUCGUUCCCAGGACACUGCGGGCCCAGUCAGGUCCAGUGUAAUUGAUGUGUAUGUUUGUCUGGCAGGGCCUUGUGUCUGACAUUCAUAGCUGAGACCACGUUGUGCACAGCUCUGCUGCCAGCAGCACAUUAAAUCAUGUGAACUCUGUAAACAAGCACAGGAAUGACCCUGGUGGGCCAUCAGCACAGAUAUUUAUGACUCGUGGAGUUGGAGCUGUCCUUGCCUGUAUGUGGAACCUGCUACUGCUUUGGCCCAAGGUUCAGGGGGAGGAGGAGGUAGCGCUGUUGGGUCUGUCGGGAUUAAACAUUCAGUUAAUGGAGCUGGUAGUAGUGGUGUACCUUGAGCACUCCAAGCUACAAGCAGUGAAAAGGGUCACUGUGAUAAGUGGCUAUCGCUGGCUCUGAUAUCUCUGGCGUAGGUGGGUGGGUUGUCUAGUGUGUGUGUUUAGGGGUGAAUACUUUGUUAGAGUCCCAGCUGGCAGCCUCAUUGGGGUGCUGGGGGACCGUUGGAGCCUUUAACACACUGGCCCCUGGCCCUGGGCCAUCCAACACCAGUAGGACCAUGUUCCUCCUCUUAUCUUUUGGCUAGACUGGACCAGAACUCAACCGCACAGCCUUUGGACCGGCCUGACCUUAGCAUGGAUGUCCCUUCAGGUUCCAUGUGUCAUCAUGGUGGAGCAGAGCUUUCCUCUGCAAGAGAGUAAACACAGAACUCACUGUGUGUGUGUAAAGGCUGUGCUCACAGUGAUGCCAUUCUGUUCCCCAUAGAAGACAUGAACACUGCACUGAACCAUGCCCUUUUGACUAGAGGGCAUUUACUGUAUAGGCCCCCUCACACAGGGGUGCUCAACAUGGCUACAGUUUGAUGAGCUAGAGAGGCGGAGCAGUGUUAGACCAGCUGCUUUCAGACCUGGCUCUGCUGCGGAGCUGAAGAGAAACCAAUUCCCAACACAUUGGAAUGGAGUUUGGAUUUACAGGUUGCUACGAAGCACCUCAAAGCAAAUGUUCAGCUGUUGUCAGUGCUCAUUGAUCAGGGGUUUGCUUUGGAUCCUCCAGCAUUUCUUGAAGAAUAUAAAUCAAUAUAUUGUGGUAGUGUGGUAGAAGGUCACUGAAAAGAUGUUGCGCGGACUACACUCAAUGCAUAUAUAAAAAUGAACUAAAUUAAUUAUUGUAGUUGUAAAAAAAUGUAAAGAUUUGCAUGUACCUAAGGACCAAAUUAUUGACUUGGAGUAUUACUGAUGAUUAGUCUCCACGGAACACAAGCUUGUUUUUCUUGGUAAAGCAUCAGUGACUGUAGCUAGCUGUGUUAAACGCUAUAUGAUGCUGAGUGUGCUUGCGACACACUGUGUGUUGGUGAUGUGUUGCUUUUAUGACAUGAUAAUGAUGUGUGUGAGAUACAUUCAUGUCUUCGAUAUGCUCAGUGGUUGUUUAGGUGCGACGUGUGUGUUGAUAUCUAUCCUUAUCUAAUGCACUGAUGUUGACAUUAGGGCUGUCCCCGACCCCCCGCCACCCCCCCCCAAAAAAAACAUAUUGGUCGACCGAGAGUCAUCUGUUCUUUCAACUAAUCUAUUGGUCUAAAUUUUUUAACGUGUAUUUUUCCAUAUAUAGACACACCCUAUGUGUUUGAAUAAAAUCAACUAUAUGUACUGAGCUUGUCUGAUGCUUUAAGCCCACUGUUUGAUUAAAUGGGUAAGACACACAAAUGACUCAAGAAGGGAGCCCGAUGGCCACGCUGGGUUAAAAUGAAAUGACAGUGAGUGCCUGUGUGACUGGUGCACGUUGUCUAUCUCCUCCCUGCUGCAGCGAACAUACACAGCAAGUGUUUAUCGCGCUGUCUGUACUGAAGCUGCAACAUAAUUACAGCCAUUUUGUUUCUUACUUGUUUCUGACUCAAUAGUUCUGUUACCGAAAUACCUCAUUUGUUUAGGAAAAUCAUUCCCUAUUCCCUCAACCCUUGCUCUCUUUACGUGAAAAAUGUAUGCUUUUGACCAAUAGGGCCUGACCUAUAACCUAUCAUAAUCUCAUCAAUAAAUUGGUUAUAACAAACUCUAAGCACCGUAACAGAUGUGACAGCAAAAUGGAUGCGGAGGACGUGAAAAAGAAACUGCCAAAUGUUUACUGGUUGCUCAGGAGGGAAAGGGGAAGUCAGAUCUGUGGAAGACAUUUGACUUAGUUGUAGAAACUACUGGAGAUCAAGAGAAAGGAGGGUAUAGGAGCAAGCGUUGCAUGAGUAUUGUGUGUGCCAAACAGUUAAUGUUUUUUUCUGACCAUUUGGAACAGUGUGAACAACACUAAAUAAAUAAGUGUACCAUAGUCUGUUCUAACGAAGAAUAAACAUAUAUAUACUCUAUAAAACCUUUAUUACAGCAGAAUAACAGUUAUAUGCAUUCGUGAAUUGCGGUAAAAUUUUUGGCCUAAUUAUUGAAAGCUCCCGUUGUUAUUUAAUUUAAAAACUAAAAUGGUUUAAAACCAAAAACCAGGGUAUAGGAGCGAGAGCUGCGUGCUUAUUAUGUGUGACAAACAGGUGCUGUUAGAUUACAAUAUAAUUUUUCUGCCUGUUUGGAUCAGUGUAAACAACACUAGAUAAAUUAUAAUUAAUACCAGUCUGUUCUAACCCUGCCUUUAUUACAGCAUAGCUAGGAUUAAAAACAGACGAACCUGUGAAAUUGCUUUACCCGACAUUUUGCCGUUGCAUGAGGCUUGGUGCUCACGGAAUCAGUAGGCUAUUAAAUAAACACUCAAACUGGCAACAGAAGCAAGGUCUGUCUUAUUUCUUUGGAAAUACAUUACCGGUCAAAAGAUUUAGAACACCUACUCAUUCAAGGGUUUUUCUUUAUUUUUUCUAUUUUCUACAUUGUAGAAGAUAGCCCUAUUUGGUAAAAGACCAAGUCCAUAUUAUGGCAAGAACAACUCAAAUAAGCAAAGAAAAAUGACAGUCCAUCAUUACUUUAAGACAUGAAGGUCAGUCAUUACGGAACAUUUCAAAAACUUUGAAAGUUUCUUUAAGUGCAGUCGCAAAAACCAUCAAGCGCUAUGAUGAAACUGUCUCUCAUGAGGACCGCCACAGGAAUGGAAGACCCAGAGUUACCUCUGCUGCAGAGGAUAAGUUCGUUAGAGUUACCAGCCUCAGAAAUUGCAGGUCAAAUAAAUGCUUCACAGAGUUCAAGUAACAGACAUCUCAACAUCAACUGUUCAGAGGGGACUGUGUGAAUCAGGCCUUCACGGUCGAAUUGCUGCAAAGAAACCACUACUAAAGGACACCAAUAAGAAUAAUAGACUUGCUUGGGCCAAAAAACACGAGCAAUGGACAUUAGACUGGUGUAAAUAGUCCUUUGGUCUGGAGUCCAAGUUUGAGAUUUUUGGUUCCAACCGCUGUCUUUGUGAGACACGGUGUGGGUGAACGGAUGAUCUCCGCAUGUGUAUUUCCCAUCAUAAAGCAUGGAGGAGGAGGUGUUAUGGUGUGGGGGUGCUUUGCUGGUGACACUGUCUGUGAUUUAUUUAGAAUUCAAGGCACACUUAACCAGCAUGGCUACCACAGCAUUCUGCAGCGAUACGCCAUCCCAUCUGGUUUGGACUUAGUGGGACUAUCAUUUGUUUUUCAACAGGACAAUGACCCAACACACGUCCAGGCUGUGUAACGGCUAUUUUACCAAGAAGGAGAGUGAUGGAGUGCUGCAUCAUGUGACCUGGCCUCCACAAUCCCCCGACCUCAACCAAAUUGAGAUGGUUUGGGAUGAGUCGGACAGCAGAGUGGAGGAAAAGCAGCCAACAAGUGCUCAGCAUAUGCUGGAACUCCUUCAAGACUGUUGGAAAAGCAUUCCAGGUGAAGCUGGUUGAGAGAAUGCCAAGAGUGUGCAAAGCUGUCAUCAAGGCAAAGGGUGGCUAUUUGAAGAAUGUCAAAUAUAAAAUAUAUUUUGAUUUGUUUAACACUUUUGGUUACUACAUGAUUCCAUAUGUGUUAUUUCAUAGUUUUGAUGUCUUCACUAUUAUUCUACAAUGUAGAAAAUAGUAAAAAUAAAGAAAAACCCUUGAAUGAGUAGGUGUUCUAAAACUUUUGACCGGUAGUGUAUAUGGAUGAUUUAUAAAGCCAGGCACAUUUAAGAGUUAAGCUAUUGAUGAUUAUUGGGGCGGCAGGUAGCUUAGUGGUUAAGAGCGUUGUGCCAGUAACCGAAAGGCCGCUGCUUCUUAUCCCCGAGCCGACUAGGUGAAAAAUCUGUCGAUGUGCCCUUGAGCAAGGCACUUAACUCUAAUUGCUCCUGUAAGUCGCUCUGGAUAAGAGCGUCUGCUAAAUGACUCAAAUGUAAAUGUAAAUGAUUAUGGACUUAAUUAAGUUGGGGUUUCCUCUCUCCUCAAUUUUCUUAGACAAUUAGGCUAAGGCAAGGGCUGUUUCCUCUUCUCUGCUACUGCUGCCUCCGCCGCAUUGUUCUCAAUCCCAAUAUGCUGGUUAACUUUGCUAUUAUGCACAUAGCAACAUAGGGAAAGGCGCCAAUUCUACGCCGCACUGAAGAUUGUUUCAGAACUGCGGACAGCGACCGUAUCCAAUCCUGGAGAAAGCGAAUUUGUUAUAAAAUAAUAUUCGAUUUAUUAGUGUUGCACUAUUAUUUUUACAUAAUAUAUCUAUAUACAAUUUCAGCAUCACAUGUCUUAGAGUGAUAGACGGUGCCAUCCCCUUGGCCUCCGCAAUGAAUUAGUCCACUGAGACGGGCGCGAAUCAGACAGGUGUCUUGUGCACCUUCAACAUUUUUUUUAUUAAAUUGCGACUGCUCGAUUAAAGAAAUAUUGGUCCACCAACAGCCUUUCAACCAGACAAUCAACCAGUGGACUAAAUGGGGUCAGCCCUAGUUGACAUACUUAAGUACAUGGUGUGUGUGCAGGUGUCUGUACAUACAGUAUGUUCUGUGUUCUGAUGAAGUGUGUUUGACAUGUGCAUCCUCUGUCCCACCCAGCCUAAGAUACUGCGCCCAGCGCUGCUCCCUGGUGAAGAGUUUGUAUCGGAGGGUCUGAGGGUGGUCCUGGACCCUGAUGGCAGAGAGGAGGCUACGGGGGGGCUGCUCGGGGGACCACACAUCCUGCCAGCAGAGGGAGCCCUCUUCCUCACCUCCUACCGCAUCAUCUUCAAGGGCUCCCCACACGACCCACUAGGUAAAUCAUCCAGCUAGCAUUUAAUUAUAUCUGUCCCUGUUGAGAGAGUGCACUUUGGGAUUCCCAAUGUAGUUCACUAUAUAGGGUAUCAUUUUCAGAUGAAGCCUGUUUGAAUGUGUUGUGUGGAUGAGGUACGUUAGCAUAGAAGUGUAUGUUGAGGUGUUGUCCUGUGUGUGGGAGCAGUGGGGGAGCAGGCAGUGAUCAGGAGCUUCCCAGUGUCCACCUUGACCAAGGAGAAGAAGAUUAGCAUCCAGAACCAACUGCAGCAGAACAUGCAGGAGGGACUGCAGCUCCGCUCGGCAUCCUUCCAGGUAACACACACACACCUACUCCUGAUGAUGUGGAUGAUAAUGAAGAUGAAGGUACAAAUUAUGUGAUGUUGAUGCUACAGGCUUUUCCAUUAUUCAUUUCAUCGUGGAGGGGACUGUGGGACCGUUCGUACGUUAGUCACACGCGAUAUCUCAGACAGCACUGGGCCGAUUUUGACUAAACUUGGGUGAAUGAUGCGUCUUGCCAUAGAGACCCGGCAUUUACAAAACUGAUUGGCCCAAGGUGUGAGCUAUAGUAAUUAACUUAAAUAUGUUGGUCACACGUGGCACUGCUUCAUUCAUGGGCGACGACAUGUUUACUGUUCCCUUGUCUCUCGUUUAAGUACACAAAGUCCUAUUUCUUAGAUGCUAAAUAAAUGCUAACAUAGUUUGUCUAAGUAUGUGAGUGUUCCCUCCUUUUGCCCCAAGCCAAGUAUAAGAUUGCUAGAACAUGUAUAACAGAUUCACAGAGAACCCAGAAUUACUGAUCAGUUGUGACAUUUGGAGAGAUUAAAGGAAUGAAUAUGCUCCAGACUCUUCCCUACAUCCAGCCUGAAUACAUUUCUUGGACGUUAUACGAGUAACCUAUGUUGACUUUGAUUUGAAGGAAAAAAAGGCAACCGUGCACAUGUUUUUGGUCAUUCACAAUUCAUGUAGUGCUGUAAAAAUGUUAUGGUUCAUUCCUAUCUUUUUAGUAACACGGACAAUAAAACAGGCCUUUAUGUGGGGAGGGGAUCACUUGGCCUGGCUGGGCCUGUGUGUGCGAGCUAGAGUGUGUGCGAGCUAGAGUGUGUGCGAGCUAGAGUGUGUGCGAGCUAGAGUGUGUGUUUGUGUGUGAGCGAGCUAGAGUGUGUGUUUGUGUGUGAGCGAGCUAGAGUGUGUGUUUGUGUGUUGCUAAGCCUGGCCAGAGGGCUGUGUCUACGUCUGGGGUGCGUUAUUAGGCCUUCAUUGAGAGCUGCAGGCUGCUGGGGAUCCACAGGAGAGCGGGGGUGGGGGGGGGGGGAUGUUGGGGGAGGGAUGGAUGGGGAGUGGAGGGACUACCAGGUCAGGGCAGUCAAUGAGAAGCGGACGUCACUCUGGAAAGACGUUCUGUGUGAAAUAUGUGAACAUUCCGUACUUUCUGUUUCCGAUUUGCAAUUAUUAGUAUUUGCCUCCCUGCAAGAAAAAAAUUAAACAUGCGAAAAUAAAUGUGCAGAAUUUUUGGCCUUCACAGAUGUGCGUAUCUGCAGAGCCAUUUAGAUUUAUGAAUGCAUUAUUAUUUUCCAGCCAUUCCAUGGAAGGCCAUUUGUUUAAUCUGGAGGCAAUGAGCUCACAUGUUCCCUGAUGCUUCCUGUGUCCUCUUCAGUUGAUCAAAGUGGCAUUUGAUGAGGAGGUGAGCUCAGAGAUGGUGGAGAUCUUCAGGAAACACAUCCAGAGAAUCCGCUACCCUCAGUCCAUCUUCAGCACAUUCGCCUUCGCAGCGGGCCAGACCGCUCCCCAACUCAUCCUUCCCAAACAGAAGGAGAGGAACACAGGUUUCAGGUCAGUCCCACCUCUCUCUACCUCUACCUCACUGUUCUACCUCAAAGUUGUUUUAGAUGGCAAAUCCCAUUAUGUGGUUGAAAGGUUCCUGUAAUAACUCCCACAACCGACACCGCCUGAAAGUGUUGAGAAAUCUUCCUUAUCUGAUGCUGGAAUCAGACAUGAUAAAUUAUGUUAUGGUCUCCUCAUCCUCCUCCUAACAGGACACUGUCCAAGACCAUUGUGAAAGGAGCCAAGAGAGCUGGGAUGAUCACCAUGGGCCGUCAGAGUCAGACCACGCUGAAGAAGAACGACAGAGGGAGUCGGAUGACCUGGCACGAGGAUGAUGACAUCUCAGGUAUGAGCAGACUGAUGUUAAACUCCUACAAGGGAGAAGAGGAGGGGGAGUUUUGACAAGCUGGAGUUUCCUGACCAGUUACCUGACCUUGGCUCUCUCUCUCUCUCUCUCUCUCUCUCUCUCUCUCUCUCUCUCUCUCUCUCUCUCUGUCUCUCUCUCUCUCUGUCUCUCUCUCUCUCUGUCUGUCUGUCUGUCUGUCUGUCUGUCUGUCUGUCUGUCUGUCUGUCUGUCUGUCUCUCUGUUCCAGUGUCAGAUGAGGGCGAGCCACCCCCCAGCAGCACGUUGAGGGCGUCGGAGAAGUCCACCAUGGAGCAGCUGGUGGAGCGGGCGUGUUUCCGUGACUACCAGCGGCUGGGCCUGGGAACCAUCACAGCCAGCUCCUCCCGCUCUAAGACCGGAGAGCAGUUCAGAGUCACUGCAGUCAACAGACUCUACUCCCUCUGCCACAGGUACAGAUAUUGGCGCUCUGAUCAAUGUAGAAGAGGUGUAUUCAGUGUUCAUGUAUUGGUUGUAUCAGAUCAAACUGCCAUCAUAGGUGUCCCAAUAGUGGUCUCCAUCAUAGGCUGAUGGUGUGUGCACCCCACAGUUACCCAGGGCUCCUGGUGGUUCCCCAGUCGGUGCAGGACAGCAGCCUGCAGAAGGUGGCCCGUUGUUACAGACACAACCGCCUGCCAGUGGUGUGUUGGAAACACCCCCGCACCAAAGCUGUGCUGCUACGAUCCGGAGGCAUCCACGGCAAGAGUGUUGUGGGACUCUUUAAGUCCCAGAACCAAUCUUCAACAGGUACAGUACAAACACACAUGACUUACUUACACACACCUGUAGAAACCUUUUGAUACCAUUCUCGUAAGGCGUACACCGUACAGAAUUUAAAGGACUUACAUUAGAUAGUCAUGUUCUAAAAUUGAAGACAGUUGAUGUUGAAUAUGUCUAAUGACUGGUCUCCUCUCCCUCUAGCCCCUGCCAACUCUUCAGAGUUGUCCAGUAGUCUGGAGCAGGAGAAGUAUCUACAGGCCAUCCUCAACUCCAUCCCCGUCUACUUCAAACUGAACGGCAGUAACACUCUGUCCAACCGCUCUCUCAUCGGCCUCUCACCAGGUACCCCCUGCUCUGGGCUCUGCUCUGGGCUCUGCUCUGGGCUCUGCUCUGGGCUCUGCUCUGGGCUCUGCUCUGGGCUCUGCUCUGGGCUCUGCUCUGGGCUCUGUCCUGCUCUAGACUGGUGGUGUUUUUCCCACUCUGUCACUAUUGUUUUUGUGUGUUUGUCCUCGUUCCUUCAGUGUUAUUCUGCUGAUUAUCUUAGUGAGGUUUCCUCUGGGCCGCUGCCUGUUAUUUAUGUUGUGUCCGUUGUGUUUGGAAGGAACUGUGGCACAAUGUUAUGGUUAUGUAAGAGGAACAGGACACCCAGGGGUCACCAUCCAUCCAUCUCCCCAGACUUCACCCGACCGCCAAGUGCCAGUCCAGAGAGCUGUGUGACCAGCACAUACUCUACGCAAAGUCAGCGGGAUUCUGUUUCCCAUGUAACCGCAAUAGAUCUUUAGUCUCUGGGAACUGGGUCAAAACACACCCGGAAUCAAUGUCAAUGGCAUCCAUCUCCAUCUCCCAGCUUUAAGAUCUACGUCUGCAGGGAUCAAAUAGUCUUAAUGGGGGAAAUAGGAUUCCCAAGGCUUGAUAGCUUCAGACUUUCUGAUUAUGUUCAGAUAAGCUAAUUGGAAUUUAAGCAACGGGACACGAUUGCCGAGUGUGAGCCCAAGGCUUAGGCCUAAUUGAAACACAGCAAUCAGUGUUUUCCCCCCUAAAUGUAGGUAAUGCAACUCUCUGUUAGCUCGUCUCAUUUAACUCUUAAGUAAUCCCUCCUUGCAUUAUCAUUGAAAAAUCUGGCCUAAUCUCCCAGGUCUGUGUCCAUUUUGUGUAAAAUCUGAGACACACUGUGGGGUAGUUAUGUUCUCAGAUGCUGUGUCUGACAAAUAUAGAUGGUUAGUCAUCCAGGCAUGGUUUUCAUUCGCUAUGCUCUCUGGGUGUGUGUUACUGUGUUUGUCCUGGUUACAGCUGAAUGGUGGUGUUAUCCCCGUUUCAUGUCUGUGUGUACUCUUCAGGCAGUGAAAGGAGGACAUCUAGAAUACCAAAGAUGGCCCCCGUCCAUUUGGACAUGCCCUUCUCCAACAGCUUUGCCAGAGGAGGUGAGUGCUGUACCCACGUGUCACUUCCUCAAAGUCCUAUAUAUCACACUGCAACCGCAGUUCUGGAAAUAAACUGGCCCCCUUUUGGUCUAUGACUCAGCUAUUUGUCAUCUGUAUUUGCCAUUAAUACACAUGGUGAUGGUCUGUGUGUUACAUGAUUAUUAAGGCAGCAGAUGUGCCCCACUAGAGCACUAUGCUAGUAGGUCACAACUUCAUACAAACAGGUUGACACAUUUCAACUUCAACAUUGUAAAAAUCCUAUAGGAGGAGCACGUGGAGUUCACUGGCGUUUUCUGACAGUUUACAGUAAUGGUAUGAAGUGGAAUGACACGCUAGGCAAAUUACUGUUCAUGGCCCAGUUCAAUACACUGAGCAGUUUCCAUUUCAAAUAUAGCACAAGCUGUGACUCCAAAAUCCAUCUUUAAGAGCAUCUUUAGUGUAAUGUUAACAACGAGGUUGAUCUGCUUAUUCAUUUAAACACAUUAAUCUGUUGAUCAUUACUCUUAUUCAACAUGGCCUAUUUGUAGCUUGUCAAAUAAAUGUGACCUAGUAGUCUGGUAUGACCAGUGAAGAUGUCUCCAUAUCUGGAAGAUGUCUGUCAUUGGCAUGCAGCUGUCUGCAUCAUGAUUUGAGAGAAGUCUUCUCUGGAAGUUGAAGUGCAUAAGUGUAUUAUUGGGUUAGUUGCCACAGUUCCUGUAAUAUUCAACCACAAGAUUGCUACACCCAAAGAUGACUUUCAAUGUCAUUCACAGCAGCAUUAAGUGGAUUUCGAUUAGUCUUCUAAGAAAUGUUCAAAUAUUUCCAAUAACAUGGGGCUUCUUUGGGAUUUUGAUAAUCGUCUCUUCAUUUUUACACAACAUCAUGGUCUGUACUAUGUCAUGCAUGUUAACCCCCAUUCUGUUCAUCUCAAGACUGAAUUACAAAUGAAUAUUUUCCUUUGGUAUUCAUAUCUUUCCACCACCCAACCCUGUUGGUCCUCUGUAGCUCAGCUGGUAGAGCACGGCGUUUGUAACGCCAAGGUAGUGGGUUCGAUCCGUUGGGGUGUGUGCCGGUAUGUUAUGUCCAUCUGAUAUUGUGAUCUUUCUGUACCCCCCUCCACCUCACCCAUAACCUGCCAGUGCUUGGGUACAGGGAUAAGCUAUUCACUCACUCAAACCAAAAACCUACCGCUAAGGGGAGAAUCCAAAAUCAAGGUAUAGUGAAAAUGUUUACUCUCUUCAGAUCUCACCCCACCGUUCUUCCUCCACCCCUCUUUAUUAACAUCUUAAUCUUAUUUCCUGGUCAUUGAUCCUAUCUAACCCACACUCAUGCCUCUGUAACAGUUAGACAUGUAUCCUGUGUUCGGUGUGCUCAUCUCUUUCGAGUAAUAGGCAGUAUCUCUGUGGAGAUUCCUGGUAUCACUCAUGGCUUCCUCUUUUGGCGCGCUUGGGCAAGGCUGAGGUUCUCCUCUGCUGGAAAAUAAUCUGACUGUGGUCCACUUCAGGGUAAAUGUAGUCCACUUGUCACUGAAUGUGAUGUCUCAGAAGUUGUGGAUGUGGUCAGUCAGCAGUCUUGGCCCAAUGGGAGGUACUGUGGGCUCAGCUCGGUCAUGACAGGCAGCUCGGGAAUGAGGCCUCCGUGGCCUAACCUCUGCAUUGUAUUCAAUGUGUGUCUAGCCUUCUUAAGGCAAGAUAGGAUUUAGAAUGUAAGGUACCUGCCUAUUGGUUGAUGGUUUGAUUGGUUGAGAGCUCACUCUAAAUUGUUGUAAUUGAUAUCCGGCGGUUUAAUUCGACAAUGUACUCAAUGCCAAAGCUGCUUAAACACUAAAUGUGGUGUCCUUUCCCUUAUCUACCAACAGCCUGGCUCAGACCGGGCCCCUGAGGGCAGUAACAGCAGCAUAAGCAAAGCGGAGGAAGUAUGGUUUAUCACAAAAAGUUAUUGCAUAUACAGAUCUGUAUUGUAGUUAUCUUGGUGGUAGUGGUUUGUCAGAGAGAAAUGAGCAUCCCUCAGUUUCUUCCCCUUGGAUUAGUGAAUGAAUAGAUCUGUGCCCAUAGAUUUAGUGUCCAAAUUCUAUUUCUGUGUCUGCACCCUUCAAUGUGUCAAUGUGCUAUAGUCUUUAUGUCGCUAUGUGCCAUUCUGUCAUCUGUUUCCCCAGUAUGGUGGUCUAGGCUGUUAGUGCUUAACCAACCCCUCUCUGUGGUCAUUCAUUGUCAUGCCAAACAUAACAGAGGAGCACGAGUAUUGGACCAGGCUAGCUAGCACCUUUUGUGUUCCAGCCCUCUACAGGCCUGCGGUGCCAACUCUAACUGUACCUCUCUCGCUGUGUUGUUGCAGGUGUCUGGGCCAGCCUGCGUUCCAGCAGCCGCUUCAGCCAGCACCCGUCUGCAGCCGAUGUUGGCGCCAGGCUGGCAGGGAAGGAUUUGGCGCCCCCUGCAGGCAGCGAGAGCCUGCAUGCCCAGCUCCUCAAACAGCAGGCUGCCCUCUACAUUUUUGGAGAGAAGUCCCACCUCAGGGUAAGACGAAAGUUAUAAGAGUAUUUGUCUAUGGGAGGGCUGGUACAUUUUUACAAGAUACUGUGUAGGGGAAUCAGGUCACUCCAGUCUAGAAUGUGUAACCACUGUUUUGUUCCAGCAGACUGUACAUUUCCAAACUGAUAAGGGGACUUGAUUGCAAUUAAUCAAAAUUAUGAUUUAUUAUUAAUACAGUCCCACAUCUCUAAUAAUAUUACAUUUGGACUGCUGUUGGAACAUUCUGCUCAUUUCAGUCACUUGUUCAAGUAGAGCAGUGUGUCUGUGUGUGUUGAAUGUGAAAUUGAUAUUAUUUUCAUUGGCUAAAAGAGGUUAUAAAUAAAUGUGAGCGUGGUGGAGUCGCCAGCUGUGUGGGUGGCUGUAAUUGGCCAGUGGCCACAUUGACAGAGACAGUCUUCUCUUAAAUGAAACUUCUACUUCAUUUCCUAACAGAAGGCCUAUUUUUACCUCAUACGUCCCAAGUAUUUAAGAUAUUCCCUAUCUGUGUCUUCUGUUUGAAUUUUAUUUAUUUAUUUGUCAGUCAGAGUUUUACGUGUCUUUUAAUCAGUCUUUCAGAGUGUUAUUUUAAUGUCUGUGUCUACUAGUGAUAGUUGACUCUCAGGGACUGUUAAUUUUCAAUGACAUUUCUCCGCUUUUGUCAGGGCUUCAAACUGGACUCUACUCUGAACUGUGAACUGGUGCCUGUGGACUUUGCUGACACGCGGCAGAUCAAAGGUGCCUUUAAGAAGCUGCUGAGGGCAUGUGCUCCGAGCGCUACGUCUUCAGACACAGAGGACUCCUUCCUCAAAGCCCUGGAGGACUCUGAGUGGAUCCUUCAAGUGAGCUCCCGUCAUAUACACAAAUACAUACUCACCAAUAUACAUAUAGUUGAAGUAGGAAGUUUACAUACACUUACUUAGGUUGGAGUCAUUAAAACUUGUUUUUCAACCACUCCACAAAUGUCUUGUUAACAAACUAUAGUUUUGGCAAGUCAAUUAGGACAUCUACUUUGUGCAUGACACAAGUCAUUUUUCCAACAAUUGUUUACAGACAGAUUAUUUCACUUAUAAUUCACUGUAUCACAAUUCCAGUGGGUCAGAAGUUUACAUACACUAAGUUGACUGUGCCUUUAAACAGCUUGGAAAAUUCCAGAAAAUGAUGUCAUGGCUUUAGAAGCUUGUGAUAGGCUAAUUGAUAUAAUUUCAGUCAAUUGGAGGUGUACCUGUGGAUGUAUUUCAAGGCCUACCUUCAAACUCAAUGCCUCUUUGCUUGACAUCAUGGGAAAAUCCAAAGAAAUCAGCCUGAAGGUACCACGUUCAUCUGUACAAACAAUAGUACGCAAGUAUAAACACCAUGGGACCACGCAGUCGUCAUACCGCUCAGGAAGGAGACGUGUUCUGUCUCCUAGAGAUGAACGUACUUUGGUGCGAAAAGUGCAAAUCAAUCCCAGAACAACAGCAAAGGACCUUGUGAAGAUGCUGGAGGAAACAGGUACAAAAGUAUCGAUAUCCACAGUAUAACGAGUCCUAUAUCGACAUUAACCUGAAAGGCCGCUCAGCAAAGAAGAAGCAACAGCUCCAAAACCGCCAUAAAAAAGCCAGACUACGGUUUGCAACUGCACAUGGGGACCAAGAGGGUACUUUUUGGAGAAAUGUCCUCUGGUCUGAUGAAACAAAAAUAGAACUGUUAGACCAUAAUGACCAUCGUUAUAUUUGGAGGAAAAAGGGGGGGCUUGCAAGCCGAAGAACACCAUCCCAACCGUGAAGCAUGGGGGUGGCAGCAUCAUGCUGUGGGGGUGCUUUGCUGCAGGAGGGACUGGUGCACUUCACAAAAUAGAUGGCAUCAUGAGGAAGGAAAAUUAUGUGGAUAUAUAUUGAAGCAAUAGCUCAAGACAUCAGUCAGGAAGUUAAAGCUUGGUCGCAAAUGGGUCUUCCAAAUGGACAAUGACCCCAAGCAUACUUCCAAAGUUGUGGCAAAAUGGCUUAAGGACGUCAAAGUCAAGGUAUUGGAGUGGCCAUCACAAAUACCUGACCUCAAUCCUAUAGAACAUUUGUGGGCAGAACUGAAAAAGCGUGUGCGAGCAAGGAAGCCUACAAACCUGACUCAGUUACACCAGCUCUGUCAGGAGGAAUGGGCCAAAAUUCACCCAACUUAUUGUGGGAAGCUUGUGGAAGGCUACCCGAAACGUUUGACCCAAGUUAAACAAUUUAAAGGCAAUGCUACCAAAUACUAAUUGAGUGUAUGUAAACUUAUGACCCACUGGGAAUGUGAUGAAAGAAAUAAAAGCUGAAAUAAAUCAUUUUCUCUACUAUUAUUCUGACAUUUCACAUUCUUAAAAUAAAGUGGUGAUCCUAACUGACCUAAGACGGGGAAUUUUACUAGUAUUACAUGUCAGGAAUUGUGAAAAACUGAGUUUAAAUGUAUUUGCCUAAGGUGUAUGUAAACUUCCGACUUCAACUGUACAUACACACCCUCCUACGGUUUCCACAACAACAACUCACUGACCCUCGGUGAGAGAUCUGUGAGAACGAACCAGCGACGUGCUCUCCAUGAUCUUGCUGUGUGACUCUGACCUCAUCCUUUAUUCUCUCCUCAUCCUAUAAGCUUCUUUCCCAAGGGAAAUGAUAACGAUUCAAACAGACAUGGGAGAACCACUAAAUUGCUUAUCAUGGUAGUUAUCAUAGUGACAACCACAGCCUAUGGCCCUGCAUUAAAUGUGUCAUAAACAACAGAACAAUAUUAUCUGGGAGAAGCCCUGCUCAGGCUCCACAGUCUUAACUCAGCACUCUUUUGAGUCUGUGGCCAGUAGACUAAAAAUAACUAUGAAUCCACAGGAACAGCUUAACGGCAUGAACUGACAGUGUAUUAUUGUGUGUGUAUGUGUUCCCGGCAGCUUCACAAGCUCCUGCAGCUGGCCCUGAUUCUGGUGGAGCUGCUGGACAGUGGCUCAUCUGUCCUGCUGAGUCUGGAGGAUGGCUGGGAUAUCACCACACAGGUGAGCCUCACGCACACACACACUGUCUCUACCCCAGCAGGAGUAGUGGAAGAAGGGGACUGGGGAUGUAGGAGGGUAGGAGAGAGAGUGGGACUGGGAAUGUAGGAGAGAGAGGGGGACUGGGGAUGUAGGAGGGUAGGAGAGAGAGGGGGACUGGGGAUGUAGGAGGGUAGGAGAGAGAGGGGGACUGGGGAUGUAGGAGGGUAGGAGAGAGAGGGGGAAGAAAAGGAAAAGAGAGAGACAUCUCGGCUGAAACUGACAAGUGAAACGUCUACACCAGGGGUGUCAAACAUACAGCCCGCGGGCCAGGGUCCAAUCCAGGCCGCGGGUGGUUUGAGUAAAACAAAAAAAGCCAGGCUGUAGGUACAGUGAGUGAAAAAAGUAUUUCAUCCCCUGCUGAUUUUGUACGUUUGCCCACUGACAAAGAAAUGAUCAAUCUAUAAUUUUAAUGGUAGGUUUAUUUGAAGUGAGAGACAGAAUAACAACAAAAUAAUCAAAAAAAACGCAUGUCAAAAAUGUUAUAAAUUGAUUUGCAUUUUAAUGAGGGAAAUAAGUAUUUGACCCCCUCUCAAUCAGAAAGAUUUCUGGCUCCCAGGUGUCUUUUUAUACAGGUAACGAGCUGAGAUUAGGAGCACACUCUUAAAGGGAGUGCUCCUAAUCUCAGUUUGUUACCUGUAUAAAAGACACCUGUCCACAGAAGCAAUCAAUCAAUCAGAUUCCAAACUCUCCACCAUGGCCAAGACCAAAGAGCUCUCAAAGGAUGUCAGGGACAAGAUUGUAGACCUACACAAGGCUGGAAUGGGCUACAAGACCAUCGCCAAGCAGCUUGGUGAGAAGGUGACAACAGUUAGUGUGAUUAUUCGCAAAUGGAAGAAACACAAAGUAACUGUCAAUCUCCCUCUGCCUGGGGCUCCAUGCAAGAUCUCACCUGGUGGAGUUGCAAUGAUCAUGAGAACGAUGAGGAAUCAGCCCAGAACUACACGGGAGGAUCUUGUCAAUGAUCUCAAGGCAGCUGGGACCAUAGUCACCAAGAAAACCAUUGGUAACACACUACGCCGUGAAGGACUGAAAUCCUGCAGCGCCCGCAAGGUCCCCCUGCUCAAGAAAGCACAUAUACAGUGGGGAGAACAAGUAUUUGAUACACUGCCGAUUUUGCAGGUUUUCCUACUUACAAAGCAUGUAGAGGUCUGUAAUUUUUAUCAUAGGUACACUUCAACUGUGAGAGACAAAAAUCCAGAAAAUCACAUUGUAUGAUUUUUAAGUAAUUAAUUUGCAUUUUAUUGCAUAACAUAAGUAUUUGAUACAUCAGAAAAGCAGAACUUAAUAUUUGGUACAGAAACCUUUGCUUGCAAUUACAGAGAUCACACGUUUCCUGUAGGUCUUGACCAGGUUUGCACACACUGCAGCAAGGAUUUUGGCCCACUCCUCCAUACAGACAUUUUCCAGAUCCUUCAGGUUUCGGGGCUGUCGCUUGGCAAUACGGACUUUCAGCUCUCUCCAAAUAUUUUCUAUUGGGUUCAGGUCUGGAGACUGGCUAGGCCACUCCAGGACCUUGAGAUGAUUCUUACGGAGCCACUCCUUAGUUGCCCUGGCUGUGUGUUUCGGGUCAUUGUCAUGCUGGAAGACCCAGCCACGACCCAUCUUCAAUGCUCUUACUGAGGGAAGGAGGUUGUUGGCCAAGAUCUCGCGAUACAUGGCCCCAUCCAUCCUCCCCUCAAUACGGUGCAGUCGUCCUGUCCCCUUUGCAGAAAAGCAUCCCCAAAGAAUUAUGUUUCCACCUCCAUCCUUCACGGUUGGGAUGGUGUUUUUGGGGUUGUACUCAUCCUUCUUCUUCCUCCAAACACGGCGAGUGGAGUUUAGACCAAAAAGCUCUAUUUUUGUCUCAUCAGACCACAUGACCUUCUCCCAUUCCUCCUCUGGAUCAUCCAGAUGGUCAUUGGCAAACUUCAGAUGGGCCUGGACAUGCGCUGGCUUGAGCAGGGGGACCUUGCGUGCGCUGCAGGAUUUUAAUCCAUGACGGCGUAGUGUGUUACUAAUGGUUUUCUUUGAGACUGUGGUCCCAGCUCUCUUCAGGUCAUUGACCAGGUCCUGCCGUGUAGUUCUGGGCUGAUCCCUCACCUUCCUCAUGAUCAUUGAUGCCCCACGAGGUGAGAUCUUGCAUGGAGCCCCAGACCGAGGGUGAUUGACCGUCAUCUUGAACUUUUUCCAUUUUUUAAUAAUUACGCCAACAGUUGUUACCUUCUCACCAAGCUGCUUGCCUAUUGUCCUGUAGCCCAUCCCAGCCUUGUGCAGGUCUACAAUUGUAUCCCUGAUGUCCUUACACAGCUCUCUGGUCUUGGCCAUUGUGGAGAGGUUGGAGUCUGUUUGAUUGAGUGUGUGGACAGGUGUCUUUUAUACAGGUAACGAGUUCAAACAGGUGCAGUUAAUACAGGUAAUGAGUGGAGAACAGGAGGGCUUCUUAAAGAAAAACUAACAGGUCUGUGAGAGCCGGAAUUCUUACUGGUUGGUAGGUGAUCAAAUACUUAUGUCAUGCAAUAAAAUGCAAAUUAAUGUGAUUUUCUGGAUUUUUGUGAAAUUCUGUCUCUCACAGUUGAAGUGUACCUAUGAAAAAAAUUACAGACCUCUACAUGCUUUGUAAGUAGGAAAACCUGCAAAUAGGCAGUGUAUCAUAUACUUGUUCUCCCCACUGUACAUGCCCGUCUGAAGUUUGCCAAUGAAUAUAUGAAUGAUUCAGUGGAGAACUGGGUGAAAGUGUUGUGGUCAGAUGAGACCAAAAUGGAGCUCUUUGGCAUCAACUCAACUCGCCGUGUUUGGAGGAGGAGGAAUGCUGCCUAUGACCCCAAGAACACCAUCCCCACCGUCAAACAUGGAGGUGGAAACAUUAUGCUUUGGGGGUGUUUUUCUGCUAAGGGGACAGGACAACUUCACCGCAUCAAAGGGACGAUGGAUGGGGCCAUGUACCGUCAAAUCUUGGGUGAGAGCCUCCUUCCCUCAGCUAGGGCAUUGAAAAUGGGUCGUGGAUGGGUAUUCCAGCAUGACAAUGAUCCAAAACACACGGCCAAGGCAACAAAGGAGUGGCUCAAGAAGAAGCACAUUAAGGUCCUGGAGUGGCCUAGCCAGUCUCCAGACCUUAAUCCCAUAGAAAAUCUGUGGAGGGAGCUGAAGGUUUGAGUUGCCAAACAUCAGCCUCGAAACCUUAAUGACUUGGAGAAGAUCUGCAAAGAGGAGUGGGACAAAAUCCCUCCUGAGAUGUGUGCAAACCUCGUGGCCAACUACAAGAAACGUCUGACCUCUGUGAUUGCCAACAAGGGUUUUGCCACCAAGUACUAAGUCAUGUUUUGCAGAGGGGUCAAAUACUUAUUUCCCUCAUUAAAAUGCAAAUCAAUUUAUAACAUUUUUUACAUGCGUUUUUCUGGAUAAUUUUUGUUGUUAUUCGGUCUCUCACUGUUCAAAUAAACCUACCAUUAAAAUUAUAGACCAAUCAUUUAUUUGUCAGUGGGCAAACGUACAAAAUCAGCAGGGGAUCAAAUACUUUUUCCCCUCACUGUAGAUAAGGGAAAGGACACCACAUUUAGUGCUUUGGCAUUGAGUACAUUGUCCAAUUAAACUGCCGGAUAUCAAUUACAACAAUUUAGUGUAUAUGUAUUGUUUGGAAUGUGUUGAAACGAUGCUGAGACUGUAGGGCCCUAUGUCACUAUGUACUGAUUUCAAUCCUGAAAGCACAUGAUUCUGGUUUUUAGGAGAGUAAAAACAAGCUUGUUUUUAUCCUCAUACAUUUUCUGUUCCUGUUCGCUCUGCUGCAGCGCUCAGCGUUUUGUCACAUUUUUGCACUGUGAGCUCACAUUUUCCACGCCAACCUGUUAAGUGAGCGUGUGUUAUUGGGGAUGGCAUUGUGUGUGUGCGCGUGGCCUCCAAAUGUGUUUACUGGGCCCGUAAAGCCCAGGGCUGCCGUGUAAAAGCACAGGCGCAGCCUCGCUUCCCGUGCCAGGCACGUGUCAGGCCCAGAGCAUCUUGCUCAUCACGGUGGGGCCUGAUCAGCCUUGCUCCAGGAGAUGGGCUCCAUAUGCCUUGGCUCUUCAGUCUCCUGACCAACUCAUAGACAGACACCCAGCAGAGGAGAAGCAGAACCCUGUGUUUCUCGCUCUCCCCUCCUCUUUCCUUUCUGAUGGCCUCCUUCAGUGAUGGUGCUGUGGUCAUUUUGGAGCUCAGGUCUGUACUGGGGAGGACCGCUGGGCUGUGAUGAAGAGGACUUUUCACCAACUCCAGAAAGCCCAUAGCUUUUUGGGAGGAUAUUGUGGUGCACUAGAGAGGAACUGCACUCUGUUUCCUCCAUUCAAAUCAGCCAUAGCCGGCCCCAAUGCAUAUAGAGGGAGAGGAUUCAAACCACAGACAGGAAAGGAAGUGUAACCACAUACCAGGGAGAACAGACAUGGUGUCCUGAGGUUACUGGUUUGGAAAACAGGGUCACUGGAGCCCUCUCCUGGUCACCUACCCCUCUGUCACAGAACUCUGAAGUCCUUGUCACGCCAUCAACAGUUGGCAGCUUUCAGAGUUUUAAAGAACUUCUGAUUGUUUUUUCUCUCACUCCCCCCCCUCUUCCCCCCCCCCCCCCCCCCCGUAUCUCUCGUUCUCUCUCUCUCGGUGUCUUUCUCGCCGAUGUUCUCUCUCUUUCUCCCUCUCCCUUUCUCUCUCCCUCCAGGUGGUGUCCCUGGUCCAGCUGCUGAGUGACCCGUUCUACCGGACCCUGGAGGGCUUCCAGGUGCUGCUGGAGAAGGAGUGGCUGUCCUUCGGCCACAAGUUCAGCCAGCGCUCCAACCUGACCCCCAGCAGCCAGGGCAGCGGCUUCACGCCCAUCUUUCUGCAGUUCCUGGACUGCGUGCACCAGGCAAGCCUUGCACACCCUCCUCCGAGGCCCACACCCCUUUCACUAUCCCCCGUCCGCACACCUCUUCACCCCCUCCCCUCCCUCCCACCAUACCUCCUCCAUGAGCUCAUCACAUUCCUUCAGCGAAGAGAAGAGGAGGAGAGAGACUCAGCUGUCAUUAUCUAUGCACUCGGUUGAGUUUUGUACUCUGCAAUCCCCCCCAUCGGAUAAGUAAUUUAGACAGAGUUGUACGCUGGGGAGUUUCAGCUGCAGGGCUGUUGCCCAGAUGGUCUGUGAACCCUACGGUCAGCGCUGUGCUUUCCGUGCUAUUGUGUUUCACCAUCCCCUCCGCAUUUCCUCCUUCAGUGUUUAAAGCGCAGAGUGGAAAAUUGCAGUUUUGGGGAUUAAAAGUGUCUUUCCUCGGAAGGCGAGGUGGGGAGGUAGUGAGGUUGGGGGGGUGGGAGGUGCAGCUGAAGUGGUCUGGGUUUUACAUGCUCAAAUGCUAACUUUAGAGAACGUUGUGUUUUCUGUCUCCCCCAGGGUCCGGCAGUCCCACUCCCAUACACUUACAUCAACACAUAGUUUAGGAGUUUGUCUUUUGAAAUUGGAGGGGCGUCUGCCAAGGCGGCCUGACGGAGGCUCUCUGGGGCUCGAAGUGCGAUAAACAGGGGGAGAGGGAAUUUGAUGAGUUUCAGAAAAUAGAAGUUCCUCAUCUCAGAAACAGCUGUUGUUUUCGCCAGUACGCCCAGGUGGCCCAAAACAUGCAAAAGAGCGGCAAGGUCCUCUCGCUUGUCCGCUGCUGCACAUUGCUGGACCGGGAUACUGCCUUCUAGCUCUGCCCAGCUUUUGUCUGAGAAUGAUGAUGUCAGUCACUGGCCUUUGCUCCCUGGUCUCCAUUUGAUUCUGCUGGUAAUGGGGAGCGUAUGUAGUCAUAACGGACCCAUCUGUAGUCAUAACACAGGGCCAUGCUCCAGCCAUCACAAUGUGUCACCUUCCCCUCUCUCUCGCUCUCUCUCCCUCCAUCUCCUCUCAUUGCAGAUCCAGGACCAGUGCCCCUUGGAGUUUGAGUUUAAUCAGCACUAUCUGAAGUUCCUGGCAUACCACUACAUCUCCAACCGCUUCAAGAACUUCCUCCUGGACUCCGACUACGAACGCCUGGAGCAUGGUCAGUAUAUUACAAAUACAGUGUAAAGGGAUGAUUUAACAGUAAGGCCAUUUAAGAUCUGUACAUGUAUUAAAAGUAUUUGGCAGAGUUGCCGGCUUCAACAAGCAGAGUGUUGAAACAACUGUUCUGUUUGUGAAAUGAUAGUGUUUAAUGAUAGUGUAAUGGGUCAGGUAUUUCAGGAUACUGACAUGUUGCAGUGAAGCACUUCUAAAUUACCUAGAUCUUAUCUCUUAUCUUAGAUCAGGGAUUUGUCAGCUAAUAGUGGUAGUGUGUCUUAGCCUGUUGAACAACCUCUUCUUUGUCUGUCUCUUCAAAAGGCACAUUGUUCGAGGACAAGCCGGGUGACAAGCAGGCCAGGAGGGGGGUCUGUAUCUGGGAGUGUAUCAGCAGAAUGCACCGAAGGAGUCCGCUGUUCUUCAACUACCUGUACAGUCCCACAGAGGCUGAGGUGACUGCUUGUCUGUGCCGUCUUUGUUUGUGUGUCUUGUGUGUUGCAACUCCCCAAGCAGUUUGCUGCCAUCUCGGAUACAUAGCAAUGGUACUUCAUUAUUUUUGUGUAUGUCAGCCAGAUCCCCAAUGGCCUUUUCUCUAGUUCACUCACUGACUCACAUUUACUCACACCCAAGUUCUCCUGUUCUGGACAUCCUCAGUAGAACAUCCUCAGUAGAGAUACAGGGAUCUUCCCACUUCCCAGAGCAGCCAGUCCAGCUCCUAGAACUUCAGAUGAUCUCUCCCAGAUAAUCUCUCCCACUCUCUUGCACAAGAUGAUGCCUUAUUGUGGUGACCUUCCAGUGUUCCUCUCCCAGUCCUUCUGAAUGUUCUGUAGCAGACUGUUGAUGUUGGUGACGACCGUGAGUAACAGGCCCAGGAGAGUCCAGCUGAACUCUGGACCAGUUCCUUAUCAGUGUUGUUUGGGAUCUUUAAUAAGGAUCGUACCCUUUUUUUAAAAUUUUGCCUAAAAUGACAUACCCAAAUCUAACUGCCUGUAGUGCAGGACCUGAAGCAAGGAUAUGCAUAUUCUUGGUACCAUUUGAAAGGAAACACUUUGAAGUUUGUGGAAAUGUGAAAUUAAUGUAGGAGAAUAUAACACGUUAGAUCUGGUAAAAGAUACGUUUUUUUGUUGCAUCAUCUUUGAAAUGCAAGAGAAAGGGUAGACAGUGAUGUGGGAAUCUAGGUGUAAUUUAGAUUAUGUCCACAAGAUGGCAGCAUUGUGUAUACAAAGUUUCAGACUGAUCCAGUGAAGAAUGACAUUACUAUACAAUAUUUUGUAUCAAGUCUGCCAGGAGUUUUCCCAAAUUUUCUGAAUUGGUCAAUUUAUAAAUUUUCAAGUACAUAACUAUAGAGAAAAUACAAAAAUGGUAUGGUAAUACAAAAAUUAUGUUUACACACUCCCCGGAAUGUCAUGGAUCAUUAGCUUCCCUACAGAAAAUACACUAACCUUCACACAUCUAGAUGGCCGUGUGGGGGGGGUUGGGGGUGGAGCCAGAGACAGCAGGGGGUCAAACUGUAGAACCGUUCCUACAUUUGAAUAUAAAAAUGGAUUUUAUCAAACAAAAUGAUGCUACAUUUUAUCUCUGAGACCCUCAGGAUGACAAAUCAGAGCAAGAUUACUGAAUGUAAGUACAUUAUUUACCUUCAGAGGUGAAUGUAUCAAACCAGUUGCAAUGACAAAAGUGUUUUGUUGUUGUGCACUAUCCUCAAACAAUAGCAUGGUAUUUUUUUGCUGUAAUAGCUACUGUAAAGUGGACACUGCAGUUAGAAUAACAAUAAUUGAAGCUUUCUGCCCAUAUAAGACAUGUCUUUGUCCCGGAAAGUUGGCGUUGUUUCUAGUCACAUAUCGCAUAUGGAGCAGCAACCGUCCCGGUAUAGGGACACCGAUCCCGUAGAGGUUAAUAUCUGUGGUCGUAAAGGAAGCAUCUCGCUUAGCCUCUUCCAACUCCCUGACAGGGACUUUCUAAUGUUGCUGUUUAACCCUCUCUUGACAUACGUCUGGUCUUCAACUUCAAAGUCCAUCCCAAUGGGUUAGUAGUGUUCAUGGGAACUGUAAAUCCUCUUCCCACUGGCCAGCGAUCGCGGCGGCUGUGCCCAUUAUUCCAGGGGCGUAUAAAUCAGAAGGAGGAGGUGAAGGAAAACAGCCCGCGUGUUUGUGCACCCCGGCUCCGACGUGAUUAAGUGUUCAGUGGAGUGUUAGGUCCGGUGGGCCGCAUUCUUUCCCACUGGCUGUAUACAGUGGUGUGCUCACUGAGAGAUUGGACAGAUUCACAUCAUUGGGGAGAGAACUCUACUCUACAGACUUGAUUUCAAACAAGCCAAAAGAGAUAUUUGUCUCAUGUAUUAUCAAUGUAAACUUAUCAGAUUAUCAUAAGUUAUUCAUUUGUUGUUGUUUCAUAUGUUAUUUAGCCGGUGCUCAAGCCCUCUAUUAGCAUCCCUGCUUUGAGGAAGUGGGACUUCUUCACGGGGGAGACCCUGUGCACAGGCCCGUCCUAUGACUGGAGGAUGCUGGCUGUCAGGUCGGAGAGCAUGGAGGAGACAGACACUAUCGCCACCAGCAAGAGGAGGAUCGUGUGGCCCUGCUACAGCAGUGUGGGGCGCGCCCAGCCUGACGCCAUCACCAAGCUCCUGGCUGUGAGUUCUAUAAAUCUGAGUUGGGAUGAUGUUAUCCAUGCCUGACUGUGUGCCUGAUACUGAUGAGAACCCUAUUGAUGUUGCAGGACAUAGAGUGGCUGGAGGGGGAGAUGUGCCAAGCACCAGAGAGGUGGCAGGCCACUCUGGAGAGGGUCAGAGUCAGCAUCCAGGAGGACCUCAAACAGGAGGGAAAUGUAAGACAAAAGCAACACACCUUCCCAUGUUUUCUCCUCUCCCCCUGACUCCUGUUUCCCAUAAACCUUACUUAGCCUUAAGUCAGCUCUUGUUUACUGGAAGGUUCAGCAGGACAGCAUUGCUUCACUCGUCAAUCUGUUUGUGAGUCAAAACAUCCUCCUGAUGUUCUGUGUGCUUUCAUGGCUUUUCUUAUUCCAUCUGUCUGUCUCUGUGUCUGAUUUGCAGCUCCGCAAGCAGUCUGCGUCCAUCUCGGGGCUGAUCCCCACGUCCAGUCUGCAGGCAUUCCAGAGACGCUCCAUGCUGCACCUGCCUGACAGUGGCCUGGGGGAGGACAGCAGCCCCACCGCCACUAACGGGGUCAACCGCCGGGCCGCCACGCUCUACAACCAGUUCACCCCCAAGAACGAGGAAAACAGGUGGGUCUCCACUCCCAGCACUGAUACAGCAAACGGGCCAGGGACUUCUAAUUACUGCUGUUUCCUCACCCAACUCUCUGUAAAGCUUUGACAGAUAGACAGAAUGUCUCUACCAAGCAGAGGUUUUAAAUUCAUCUUAAUGGUGUGUUUUUCAGAUCCUUUGAGGGGAUUCUGUACAAACGAGGAGCACUGCUGAAAGGAUGGAAACCUCGCUGGUUUGUUUUGGACAUUACAAAACACCAGGUGAGUAUUACAGCAUGUUGUAUGUUGCUACCAGUCUGUUCCAGGUCAUUUUUCCACUCCUAUGCCAGUGGUGUUAUGUGUGUGUGUGUGUGUUGUCCCAGCUAAGGUACUACGACACGGGGGAGGACACUAACUGCAGGGGCCAAAUUGACCUGGCAGAGGUGGAGUCAGCUCUGAUCACAACCCCCACCAUAGGAGCUCCUAAACACAUCAGUGAGAAGGCCUUCUUCGACGUGAGUCUCUCUGGUUCUCCAUUCCUCUGUCUGCUUGUGAUCUUAUGUGUUCUGUGGUAGAAUACACUCCAGCCAUGGCAAUAUCAGGCUCUGUAUGUCACAUCCCAUUUCUCCAGUCACUGUUUAACCAUUGGUUGGGUGUUGUCAUUCCAGCUGAAGACCACCAAGCGAGUGUACAACUUCUGCGCCUCGGAUGCCCAGAGCGCCCAUCAGUGGAUGGACAAGAUCCAGAGCUGCAUCUCUGAUGCAUGACCUCUGAACUCCUCAGCCACGGCUCGGUCGGGGUGUGGUCAGAUCACAGCAUUAACACUAGGUGCAGCAACGUGGCUGAGAGCAGAGACUGUGGGCACAUAUAUACAGUACAUAUUCAGCUCAGUCACCAUGGGAGUGGCUUUACCAUGAGGACCACAGUGACCUAAGUGCCUGUAGGGUGGAGGAUAUGUUAUCAUGUUAUCUAUCAAUCCAUCCUGCUGCCUUGCAGGACUUCAGGCAGUCAUCACUCUCUGUCUGUCUGUCUGCCUGCCUGCCUGACAGCUUUAGUAGGAGUUGAUGAAUGUGUCCUGGUCUCUGCUGUCAGCUCUCUCUGUACUGUACCUUGUUACUGCUACAGGGAUCAACACUUAUAGUGAAAAAUAAAUGGCAAAAACUGAUGCCUGAGCACUACUAAGGAUAGUUUAUGCCAUUUCAGUUGUAAAUAGAUAAAAAGCAAUAGCACUGGCCAUUUUAAACUGUGGUUUCAAUACAUAAACUAAG